AUGAGGUUAUCACUCCGAGUUGCUUCGGUCGCGGCGCUGAUCCUGGUGGCCUUUUUCUUCCUCGGCCGUCAAUUGGGAGGUGUCCAAACUCCCAAGUCGUUCUGGCGUUUCGACACCACCUCCUAUCGCGCCUCCCCACGCCCGCCACAAUCAGACGUCUCGCGCCGCAAAUGGGGUCUAGGCACGGACAAGUCGAAUGUUCUCACAUACCAAAACACCCCGAUCGACAUUCCCAAUGAAGGAAUCAUUGUGAUUGGCAAGCGCCGCGAAGAAGAUACCGCAUGGGUAUCCGCCGAAUUGGCCGAUUGGCGCAACUUCAUUUAUACCGUUGACGAUCCCAGCGCCAAGGUGCACACGCCCAAGAAUAAGGGUCGCGAGGCCUUGCCGUAUCUUCAAUAUAUUGUCGACCACUAUGACGAUCUUCCCGCUGUAAUUGCCUUCCUGCACCCGCACCGCGACGGCUGGGCCGCCGGCUGGGAUAUUGAAACGCUGGACAACAACAACGUCGAAUCCUUGCGCGCUUUGCGCCGCGACUAUGUCCAGUCGGAGGGAUUCGUGAACCUGCGUUGCCAGUUGACGCCAGGGUGCCCCGCGGAGAUUCAACCAUUCCGCAACCCUCCCAAGCCCGGCAACACGGGUGAAAAACACUAUGCGAAAGCGUGGAAGGCCCUCUUUGGCAACGACGAUGUUCCCAAGGAGGUCGGCGCGCCCUGCUGCUCGCAAUUCGCCGUGUCACGGGAUCAGGUGCUUCAGCGACCGUUUACCGACUACAAGCGCAUGUACGACUGGGUCCUGAACAACGAUCUGCCAGAUGAGGUGACUUCCAACAUCAUGGAGUAUUCGUGGCACAUCAUUUUCGGCAAGGAACCUAAAUUCUGCCCGGACACCUUCCAAUGUUACGCGAACGUCUACGGCGAGGAAGUGAUUGUCGAAUAG